AUGGCGGAGGAAUACGAAAUUGGCCUCACCGUUCGCAAAGUGGCGGAGGAAUUCCUGAAGCUGAAGAUGGACUAUGAGCGCAAAAAUGACGAUGGAUGCAAGAGGCUUUUGGAGAGCAUCAAGAAAAAACUUAUUCUGCUGCCAACGUUUCUCAACCCCACAGCACAUAGCCGGACACGAUCGGAGGAGUUAACACUCACCCGUGAGGUGCUGGAGCACGGCGUGUUGGUCAGUGCGCGUCUCGGGGACCUUGAUAGCUUUGAGCUCUAUUUUAACCAACUCAAUGUGUACUACACGGAUAUUGAUAGCAGUGAGCUUCCUGAAUCCCCGUUGUACCUGCUCAUCCUUGGACUCAAUUUGGUUCGUCUGCUGGUCCGCAAUCGCAUUGCGCAAUUUCACUCCGAGCUGGAGAAAAUACCCAACCAAAUUCACGGCACGAACACUUACAUUCGCUUCGCCGUUCUCCUCGAGCGUUACUUGAUGGAGGGAAGCUACAAGAAGCUUCUCAAUUCCCGCCACCAAGCACCUUCAAACGAGUACAUUCCUAUCGUAGGGAUGUUGGAAUCCACCGUGCGGCAGGAGGUGGCGGAAUGCAUCCCUCGUUCGUACAACACUCUUUCCAUAGACAAGGCACAGAAAAUUCUUAUGGUUGACUCGGCGGAGGAAGUGAGGCAGAUUGGACGGUGCCACAAUUGGCAGCUCAGCGCCGAUGGUCGUAGUUUUGUAUUUACGCGCGAAGAGGAUCUAGCUAGAAAGGAGGUCCCCUUUCAGGAAAUGCUGAAAAACCACCUGCAUUUUGCGGUUGAGUUGCAACGCAUUGUUUAG